UUCGGCUUCGGCUUGGUUUGAAAUCUAUGGUUAGGUUAGGAUUUCGUUUACUAUUCGAAAUUCGUUAAUAAUUUGUUUGUAAUUUUUGUACUCUAGUGAUUAAGAAAUAAAUCAUGGCUUACAAACCUCAGAAAGUACAAAAAGUGAUGGUUCAACCCAUCAAUUUGAUAUUCAGAUAUCUGCAAAAUAGAUCUAAAGUGCAAGUUUGGUUGUAUGAAAACGUUAACCUAAGAAUUGAGGGUCACAUCGUUGGUUUCGACGAGUACAUGAAUCUUGUUCUGGACGACGCUGAAGAAUUUUAUGUGAAAUCAAAAAAUAGGAGACCAUUAGGAAGAAUAAUGCUAAAAGGGGAUAACAUAACAGUGAUACAAAAUGUAUCUCCUUGAGAAUGAAAAGUUUUGUGAAUGUGCAAAGACAUUUCGUAUUCAUUUGCUGGAUAUAAUUUAAGUGUAAUUUUAAAAGUUCUCAUGUAAUAAAUUCUUUUUGAUCAAA